CUCUGAUCUGCUUGAACAUGUUGCGCGGAGUCAACAGGCUAGCCGUCAGGCCAAACCGCCUUGCGCACACCGACCUACCAGCUUUGCGACGAACUUAUGCUUCCGUGACGGACCUGUCCAACUAUCCCAAGCCUGGAGAUCAGCUACACGGAUUCACCUUGAAGCGUGCUAAACACGUUCCCGAACUCGAACUUACUGCUCUUCAGUUCACCCACGAGCGUACCGGCGCUGACUAUCUGCACAUUGCUCGAGACGACCAGAACAAUGUCUUCUCCAUUGGCUUCAAGACGAAUCCUCCGGAUGCCACUGGAGUCCCUCAUAUCCUGGAACACACCACUCUUUGCGGCAGUCAGAAGUUCCCUGUUCGCGAUCCCUUCUUUAAAAUGCUGCCACGAUCCCUCUCCAACUUCAUGAACGCCUUCACCUCGUCCGACCAUACCACAUACCCAUUCGCCACGACCAAUGCUCAAGACUUCAAGAACCUCAUGGCUGUCUAUCUCGACGCUACUCUACACCCUCUUCUUCAAGAGCACGACUUUACCCAAGAAGGAUGGCGUCUUGGUCCAGAGAACCCUCAAGCCGAGAACCCUUCGUCAGACGACAUCAUCUUCAAGGGCGUUGUGUACAACGAAAUGAAGGGUCAGAUGUCUGACUCGCAAUAUCUUUACUACAUUCGCUUCCAUGAGAACCUGUUUCCUGCUAUCAACAAUUCUGGUGGCGACCCUCAAAAGAUGACUGAUCUGACCUACGACCAACUCAAGAAGUUCCAUGCCGACCACUACCAUCCGAGCAACGCAAAGGUCUUGACUUACGGAAACCUACCUCUUACUGACCAUCUGAAGUCUAUCGGCAAGGAGCUGGACAACUUUUCGCGCAUUUCUAUAGACUCGGAUAUCAAGGUUCCUGAAAGCCUCGACAACGGGCCUCGCUCUAUCACCGUCAAGGGCCCUUUGGAUCCUCUGAACCCUGCCGAUUCUCAAUUCAAGACCUCUGUCACCUGGCUGAUGGGAGACACAUCCAACGUUCUCGAGAACUUCUCGCUCUCCAUAAUCUCCUCCUUGUUGAUGGAUGGCUAUGGCUCACCCCUCUACCGCAACCUUAUCGAAGCUGGCCUUGGCCCUGACUUCUCGCCAAACACUGGAUUUGAUGGUUCUGGCAAGCGUGGCGUCUUCUCCGUCGGUCUCAACGGCGUCAAGCAGGAAAAUGUUCCCAAGGUCAAGGAGGCUGUUAUGGAAACUUUGCGUCAGGUCAGAGAGAAGGGCUUCGACCAAUCAAAGAUUGAUGGUAUCCUGCAUCAGCUAGAGCUCAGUCUGAAGCACAAAACCGCAAACUUCGGCAUGUCAAUAAUACAGCGAUUGAAGCCUGGCUGGUUCAACGGUGUCGAUGUCUUUGAUGCUCUGGCAUGGCAACAGACUGUUGAUACCUUCAAGGCAGAAUGCGCUAAGGGUGGUUACCUCGAGGGUUUGUUGGAGAAGUACUUGUUGAACGACAACACUUUGACAUUUACUAUGGAACCUUCUGCAACCUAUGGUGAGGAUCUUCUCGCAGAAGAAGCGCAGAGACUUGCAUCGAAGAAAGCAGAGGCCGAAAAGAUAUACGGCUCGAAGCAAGAGGCCUACGACCAGCUGAAGAAGAGAGAGCUUGAGCUCGUCGAACAACAAAUGCAGGAGCAGGACCUGAGCUGUCUGCCGUCCGUCCACGUCAAGGACAUUCCUCGCAGCAAGCCCAUCACUGAGACUCGUCAAGACUCUCUCAACAACGUUAAGGUGCAAUGGAGAGAAGCCCCGACGAACGGUCUGACUUACUUCAGAGCCCUCAGCAUCUUCAAGGAUUUGCCUACGGAGCUGCGCACCUUUGUACCAUUGUUCUGCGAUGCACUCAUGCGCAUUGGAACCAAGACCAAAUCGAUGGAAGAGAUUGAAGAUCUCAUCAAGCUCAAGACUGGUGGCGUCUCGUUCGGUUACCAUGCAUGUACCUCUCCUACUGACACAAAGGUCUGCGAAGAGGGUCUGAGUCUGUCAGGAUUUGCGCUCGACCAAAACGUCCCUGCCAUGUAUGAUCUGAUCCGAACGAUUGUUCUGGAAACCGAUUUCGAUGGACCUAAGGCCAAGGCCUCUCUCCGCGAGUUGGUACAAAGCGCUGCUAGCGGUGGUGUUGACACAAUCGCCGAGUCAGGGCACGCCUAUGCCAGACGUGUUGCUGAGGCUGGCAUCAGCCCACACGGAAGCUUGCUCGAGCAGACUGGAGGUGUCAGCCAGAUCAAGCACAUGGUCUCUCUCGCAUCUCUCGCCGAGAUCGGUGACGACAUCAUCCAGCCAUUGAAGGCCAUUCAACAGCUCAUUGCAGCAAACCUAGCUAACAUGAGAGCCGCUAUCACUUGUGGUGCCGAGUCUACCAGCAUCAACGAGGCUGCCCUCGAAGGCUUCCUCAGCAGCACCUUCUCAUCAUCGUCCGAGUUGUCAGCGAAGUCUCAGUCAGGCUUGACACUGACUCGCAAUGCCAAGUCGUUCUACCCUCUGCCUUACCAGGUUUACUACUCUGGUCUCGCCCUUCCCACCGUUCCUUACACUGAUUCCUCGGGCGCGCCAUUGGCGGUACUCGCACAGCUGCUCACACAUAAGCACCUGCACCGCGAGAUCCGUGAGCGCGGUGGCGCAUAUGGCGGUGGCGCCUAUUCUCGCGCAUUGGAUGGCGUGUUCGGAUUCUACUCGUACCGCGACCCCAAUCCUGAGAACACGAUCAAGGUGUUGGACAAUGUCGGCAAGUGGGCAGUAGACAGAAAAUGGAGUGAUCGUGACCUCGAAGAUGCCAAGCUGUCUGUCUUCCAAGCACUGGACGCUCCUAGAAGUGUCAGUGAGGAGGGUAUGACCAGAUUCGUGAGCGGAGUAACACCAGAUAUGGAGCAGACACGACGACAGCAGCUUUUGGACGUGACGCAGGAGCAAGUGCAUGAUGCUGCUGAACGAUUCUUGGUCAAGGGCAUGUCGAACAGCAGCAUGGCGGUUCUCGGAGCACGCAAGAGCUUCGUCGAUGAGGCGCAAGGCUGGAAGGUGCAUGAGAUUGGGCUAGGUGGUGGUGCGGCUGCCGAGGUAGAGGCUGAGGCAGAGGCUGCCACAGCGGCAGCAUUGGGAAGUGGAAUUGAGUCGCGUCGAAGACGGAAGCUGCAACGCACAAACUUCUGGUCCUCCACUUUGUUGCGACAAAUUGAAUUGUGGUAUGGCGCCUUCAAAUUCGGCAGAUGCGCUAUUGCAGCCACCCUCAAUGAGAUGGAGAAGCGAAAACUGNACCAAAUGGCAAGGAACGAGCAAUACCAGACUCUCGAGCGCACGCCGUCAUCGUACAAGCCCCUCCGAUCCUUUCAUCUCGCCAAAGGCGAACAAAAGCAUUAUCAACAACAGUAUGCCGACAUGUACUUUGCCCGGUUGGCAGUUCUCAAACCUGCCGUAGAACGCAUCGCCAGUGAAGCAUGGGAAGGCUUCGAGGUGCACAAAGUCGAUCGUGUGUUAGAUGUCCGGCAAGGUGAGUUGGUCUGGGUGGCUGGCACCGUCUACAUGGAAAUGCCACUCAAGCCCAACAUUCUCGACGACAUCUCCAAACAUGUGAGUCCUGAGAAGUGCACACCGUCAUACCCCUACUCACAUUUCGUAGNNCACUGGAUCGCCGCCCCGCCGCCCCGUUUAAAGUUCACCUCUGGAGAAGGCGACCAAAUCAUGCUCGAAGACGAAUCUGGUCGACUACGCUUGACAGGCAGUUUCCUGAGCUCGUGUCUACUAGUCACAGGAUGCAUUGUGGCAGUCAUGGGAACAGAAAACGCUAAUGGUGAUUUCGAGGUCAUCGAUCUGAAGAUACCCGAGCUGGCACCGCAAUCCGAACGCUGGUCGCUAGCUCAAGCUGACGGCGCAAGCAAGAAGAAAGCCGAAAAGAAGGAGAAGGCUGGCAAGGUUGCUAUUGUCUCAACGUUAGGUGUCAGUGGUGACUCUGGCGACACAAUGGCCCUGGAUAUGCUUGUGGAAUACCUCCUCGGUGAAUCGACCUCACCAGCCGAACAGGAGAAGAUAUCGAGUAUAUCGCGACUCUUGAUCGCUGGAAACUCUCUGUCGUCAGCGAGCCCUGUUAUCAAUCCCGAAGAGUUGCCAACUAAGAAGCCUUCUGCUAUGAUGGAGGCCACAUUACGCUGGAGGCUGUGCGCGCCCACUGCCCCAGAUACAUUAUAUCGUUUCGUUAUCGAAAAGACUCCUCACGUCUACAUUGUAGGCAACCAGCCUCGUUUCGAGUCCACCGUCGUCGAAGGCCCGGAUGGCCAGAGCUGCCGAAUCAUUUCUGUGCCACGCUUCAAGGAUACCGGCGAGAUGGUAUUACUGGACAUGGAGACGCUUGAAGUCGAAGUAGUCAAGUUUGGUCUUUACCAACAGACU